AGACGUCAUUUCCAGGUGUCAGUAGGCUCGAAGCUGUUGAGGAUUAAGGAGAAUGUGAACGAGGUUGCAAGAAAACUAGUCCCGCGGAGAGAUCUGGACCACCGAACGGGAACCGGGAGAGCUGUCCGAAAUUCCUGGGAACUUGGAGCACCACGGUACAAAUGAUUACAUCUUAAGUCUGUCGACCAGGAUCGAAGAAAGUGGGUCUAUUUUUGUUGCGAAUUGAACGCGAACAUUAUAGAGUACGGUGUGCUAAGGAUUUUUUUUUUUUUUGGUAACUGAAGCAAGAAUCUAGAAGGGACUACACAAAGACGAAACGCCGCUUGUGAAUUAUUGCGAGGAUGGACGGUGAGAUGCGGCGGGCCUUUGGUCGGAGCGCGAGCCGCGGUGUGUCCCCCCGAAGUCCGCCCGGCUCGGCGCUGCAAAGCCUGCUCUUGAUGAUCGCGGCUUUGGUCUUGCUUGGUCAGCCGUCCGCCGCGAAGGCGAAGGAAUGCGACAGAGUGUGUCUGAACGGACAGUGCAACCCCGUCACCGGCAACUGUUUGUGCGAUCCCGGUUGGGCUGGGGAGCAGUGCCAACACUGCGGGGGACGAUUCAGACUGACUGGACCCUCCGGGUUUCUGACCGACGGCCCUGGGAACUACAAGUACAAGACCAAGUGCACCUGGUUAAUUGAAGGAGAGCCCAACACCAUCCUCAGGCUCAGGUUCAACCACUUUGCCACGGAGUGCAGCUGGGACCACCUGUACGUGUACGAUGGGGACUCCAUCUACUCCCCCCUGCUGGCGGCGUUCAGUGGGCUCAUCGUCCCAGAGCGCUACACUAACGAGACGGUCCCGGAGGUGGUCUCCAAAUCCGGCUACGCCCUGCUGCACUUCUUCAGCGACGCUGCCUACAACCUGACCGGCUUCAACGUCUCUUACAGGAUAAACUCGUGCCCCAAUAACUGCUCGGGACACGGGGAGUGUCGGGUGGGCGGCACCAGCGAUUCGGUCUACUGCGAGUGCGAGGGCCAGUGGAAGGGGGAGGCGUGCGACGUCCCGUACUGCGCGUGGGACUGCGGGUACCCCGAGCGGGGCGUCUGCCAGCCCAACGGCACCAAGGGCUGCCUGUGCCAACCGGGCUGGCAAGGUCCCGAUUGCUCCAUACCCGUCCCGGCGAACCGUUCGUUCUGGACCCGGGAGGAGUACUCGGUGCCGAGCCUGGCUCGGGCGUCCCAUAAGGCCGUGGUGGACCGGGACGUCAUGUGGGUCAUCGGGGGGUACAUGUUCAACUACUCCGAGUACAACAUGGUGCAAGCGUAUAACGUGACCUCUCAGGAAUGGCUGACUCUCAACCGAUCCGUCAACUCCGUCACGGGACGCUAUGGGCACUCCCUGGCCCUGCACGAGGGCAAGAUCUACAUGUACGGGGGAAAGAUCGACUCCACGGGCAACGUGACCAGCCAGCUGUGGGUGUUCCACGUGCACAACCAGUCCUGGGUCCUGGCGGGCCCGCGGGCCAAGGAGCAGUACGCGGUGGUGGGGCACUCCGCCCACGUGGUGCCGCUGGGCCAGGACGCCCCCGUCAUGCUGGUCAUCUUCGGCCACUGCCCCCUCUACGGGUACAUCAGCAAAGUGCAGGAGUACAACCUCGCCACCAACACCUGGCGCAUCCUGAAGACCAACGGCGCCCUGGUGCAGGGGGGCUACGGGCACAGCAGCGUGUACGACGCCAACACCCGCGCCAUCUACAUCCACGGCGGGUACAAGGCCUUCAGCGCCAACAAGUACGGCCUGGCCGACGACCUCUACAAGUACCAGGUGGACACCAACAUGUGGACGAUCCUGAAGGACAGCGGCUUUUUCCGCUACCUGCACACGGCGGUGAUCGUGAGCGGCACCAUGCUGGUGUUCGGCGGGAACACCCACAACGACACGUCCAUGAGCCACGGGGCCAAGUGCUUCUCCUCCGACUUCAUGGCCUACGACCUGGCCUGUGACGAGUGGUCGGUGCUGCCCAGACCGGACCUCCACCAUGACGUCAACCGCUUCGGACAUUCGGCAGUCUACAGCAACAGUGUGAUGUACGUGUUUGGCGGCUUUAACAGCCUGCUCCUCAGCGACGUGCUCAUGUUCACUCCGGCGAGCUGCUCCGCGUUUUCGAGCGCGCCCUCCUGCCGCGCCGCCUGGCCCGGCAUCCGCUGCGUCUGGAACAGCAGCCUGGGGGCCUGCCUGCCCUGGGACGCCGCCACCCCCCAGGAGGAGCAGCAGCUGCUGGCCGCCUGCCCCCCGAAAGCAUACGCCGACAACGAGAAGUGCGACCAGUACACGGACUGCUACAGCUGCACCGCCAACACCAACGGCUGCCAGUGGUGCGCAGACCAGUGCGUGUCCGUGAGCAGCAACUGCACCGCCGUCACGGGUCCCAUCGCGGAGUACGAGACGUGCCCCAAGGACAACCCCGAGUACGUGUGCAACAAGAAGACCAGCUGCAAGAGCUGCGCCAUGGACCAGAACUGCCAGUGGGAACCGCGCAACCAGGAGUGCAUCGCCCUGCCCGAGAACAUCUGCGGGGAGAGCUGGCACCUGGUGGGGAACUCGUGCCUGAAGUUCAUCACGGCGAAGGACUCGUACGACAACGCCAAGCUGACCUGCCGCAGCCACAACGCCGUGCUGGCCUCCCUCACCACGCAGAAGAAGGUGGAGUUCGUCCUGAAGGAGCUGCAGAUCAUGACCGUGCUGUACAAGGCCACGGUGACUCCGUGGGUGGGGCUGAGGAAGAUCAACAUCUCGUACUGGUGCUGGGAGGACAUGUCUCCCUUCACCAACACCUCCCUGCAGUGGCUCCCCGGGGAGCCCAGCGACGCCGGCUUCUGCAGCUACCUGGCCGAGCCCGCCUCCAGCGGCCUGCGGGCCGCCACCUGCGUCAACUCCGUCAACGGCAGCCUGUGCGAGCGCCCGGCCAAUCACAGCGCGAAGCAGUGCCGGACCCCCUGUGCGCUGCGGUCCACCUGCAGCGAGUGCACCAGCAGCAGCUCGGAGUGCAUGUGGUGCAGCAACAUGAAGCAGUGCGUGGACUCCAACGCCUACGUGGCCUCCUUCCCCUUCGGACAGUGCAUGGAGUGGUACACCAUGAACAGCUGCCCACCGGAGAACUGCUCCGGCUACCGCACCUGUGGGCAGUGCCUGGACCAGCCGGGCUGCGGGUGGUGCACGGACCCCAGCAACACGGGGCGCGGCCAGUGCAUCGAGGGCUCGUACCGCGGGCCCUUCCAGACCGCCAGCCCCUCCCUCUACCAGCAGCCCGCCCUCAACGUCACCAUGUGCCCCCACGAGGACAAGUACAACUGGUCCUUCAUCCAGUGCCCCGCAUGCCAGUGCAACGGCCACAGCCGCUGCGUCAACGAGAGCGUGUGCGAGAAGUGUGAGGACCUGACCACCGGCAAGCACUGUGAGAGCUGCAUCUCCGGUUACUACGGCGACCCCACCAACGGGGGCACCUGCCAGCCCUGCAAGUGUAACGGGCACGCGAGCAUGUGCAACACCAACAACGGGAAGUGCUUCUGCACCACCAAGGGCAUCAAGGGGGACCGCUGCCACCUGUGUGAGGUAGAGAACCGUUACCAGGGCAACCCCCUCAAAGGAACUUGCUACUACACUCUCCUGAUCGACUACCAGUUCACCUUCAGCCUGUCUCAGGAGGACGACCGCUAUUACACCGCCAUCAACUUCGUGGCCACGCCCGAGGAGCAAAACCGUGACCUGCACAUGUUCAUCAACGCUUCCAAGAACUUCAACCUCAACAUCACCUGGGCCAUCAGCUUUGCAGCGGGGACCCAGGCUGGAGAGGAGUUCCCCAUCGUCUCCCGGAGCAACGUCAAGGAAUUCAAGGACAGCUUCUCCAACGAGAAGUUUGACUUCCGCAACAACCCCAACAUCACUUUCUUUGUGUACGUCAGCAACUUCACCUGGCCCAUUAAGAUACAGCAGGUAGCCUUCCGCGGGCCCAGAGAGCCGUGAGGAUGAUUCGGGGACAGCUGGUCUGGGUUCUCCCGCCCUGUAGCCUUAAAAAGCUCGCCGGUCUCUGUGUGGCCUGCUCCUCUCUCCCAAGCACCUUCUCUCUUUGUUUGGGGUUUCGCUUUCUGUUUCUUUAUCUUCCACCGUCCCAACACCCACCUCACCGCACUUCCCAUUUCAUCCACGCUCGCGUACGCUACUGAUUUACUGACCGUCACUUCCCGUUGCACUAUUGUCAAGCGUUCACUUAGUCGUAUACUUUUCAAUAAUAAAUUCUUGAUAAUUUUUUCCCCUU